AUGCGUUACUCUAUUGUUGCCGUCCUGGCUGCCACUGGCGUCAGCGCCUGGAAGUACCCUGACUGCGAGCACGACAACUGCUACCGCAACAUGAUCAACGCCAAGUACACCGAGCUCGCCCCCAGCUUCUGCUUCAAGUUCCUCGCCGGCACUACUACUGCCUCCGAGGCCAUCCCCACCGAGUUCAAGAACUGCGGCGGCGCCGUUGACAAGGUCUCGUCGGCCUGCUCGUGCAUCACCUACACCGCUACCCACACCUCGGGCUCCACUAGCUACCCGGAGAGCACCCCGUCGAGCACCACCACCCCGUACCCCACCACCACGCCCGGCGAGAGCACCCCGUACCCGACGACGACUCCUUACCCGACCACCACCGAGGAGAGCACGUCCGAGUACCCGACCUCGUCGGCCAACAGCACCACCAAGUACACCACCUCGACCAUCUACACCACCACCACCAAGACCAUCACCUCGUGCGCCGAGACCGUGACCGACUGCCCGGCCGAGUCGACCAUCUGCAUCACCGAGACCAUCCCCGUCACCACCACCGUCUGCCCCGUCACCGAGGAGCCUACCAAGACCCCUCCCCCUCCCCCUCCCACCACCGUCAUCACCAAGACCUCGGUCGGCACCAACUCGCCUCCCGCGCCCACCAAGAGCUUCCCCGUUGUCCCCACCGCUGCUGCCGGCAAGGUCGUCGCCAACCUGGCUGCUGCCGCCGUCGCUGCCGUCGCUCUCUUGUAA